CUCAAUAACCCUUCACCCCUUUCUCCACCUUCUUCACAUCUUCAAUCGCAGCAGCCAUGAAUCCAACAAAAAGACUACUGAGUUCACUCCGACUCGCCAACUCGCUCUACUCAAUCCAACUCACCCAAGCCCACCAGGUAAUAACAACUCACUCACACCCAUUUCACCACACAAAACUCUUCUUUUCUUCAAACCCACAACAAACCCUUGAUCUCAUAUUAUCCCAAAACUGGUCUAACAAUCUUGAACAACAAUUGUUAAAUUCAAGACCCAAUUUUUCCCAUGAAUCCGUAAUAUAUGUGUUGAAGAAACUAUCCAAAGACCCUCAAAAAGCAUCCAAUUUCUUUAAUUUUGUUGUGGGUCAAUCAGGGUUUGAACCAAGUUCCCAAAUUUAUAGCUUGAUGCUUCGGGUUUAUGCGAAUAAAGAUUCGAUUAAACAGUUUUGGGUUACGGUUCAUAGGAUGAAAGAACAGGGGUUGUUUGUUGAUGAUCAGGCUUAUUUGUUGAUUGUUAGGGAUUUUAAGAAGUUGAAUAUGGUUAGCGAGGUUUCGGUUUUUACGAAAUUUGUUAAUUCUAUGGGGAAGGAUAAUGUUGUUGAUGAUGUUGUUAAGGAAGUUGUUGGUGUUGUGGUCGAAUCGGAGGAUGAUUCGGGUUGGGGAAAUGGGGUUGAGGAGAGGUUGAAACGGAUGGAUUUCGGGUUUAAGGUUUCGGAUAAUUUCGUUCUUCGGGUUUUGAAGGGGUUAAGAACAUACCCUUUGAAGGCAUUAGGGUUUUUCAAAUGGGUUAGUGAGGGUUUCGGGAUUGAGCAUAAUGCGGUUACGUACAAUGCGAUUUUGCGCGUUCUUGGUCGGGAGGAGUCGAUCGAACAGUUUUGGAACGUGUUUGGUGAAAUGAAAAGGGAUGGGUAUGAAAUGGAUCUCGAUACGUAUUUAAAGAUUACGAGAUUGUUUCAAAAACGGAAGAUGUUGGAAGACGCGGUUGCGCUUUACGAGCGUAUGAUGGAUAGCCCGUACACGCCAUCGGGUCAAGAUUGCGGUGUGCUUUUACGAACCAUCGCGGGUAGUAGUUCGCCUAAUUUGGAUCUUGUGUUUCGCGUCGUGAAGAAAUUUGAAUCCAAGGGUAACUCUCUUUCGAAGAACGUUUAUGACGGUAUUCAUAGAUCGUUAACGAGCGUGGGUCAGUUUGAAGAAGCCGAAAAGAUUGUGUUAGCGAUGAAAGAUGCGGGAUACGCUCCCGAUAACAUAACCUACAGCCAGUUGAUCUUCGGGCUUUGUAAAGCCCGAAAGCUAGAAGAAGCCGCAAACGUGAUCGACGUAAUGGAACAAAACGCGUGCAUCCCCGACGUCAAAACAUGGACGAUUCUCAUUCAAGGACAUUGUUCCGCCAAUGAAGUUGAUAAAGCCGUUGUAUUUUUAUCGAACAUGGUAGAGAAAGGAUGUGAAGCCGACGCAGAUCUUUUAGACGUUUUAACAAACGCGUUUUUGGGUCAAAAGAAAACCGUCAGCGCGUACGAACUACUAACCGAAAUGGUCAAGAGUGGUGGGGUGAAACCAUGGCAAGCAACUUACAAAAAUCUGAUUCAAAAUCUGUUAUCCGAGAACAAGUUUGAUGAAUCUUUGGAGCUUUUAAGGUUGAUGAAAAAACACGACUACCCACCGUUUUCUGAGGCGUUUAUCGGGUAUGUUUCGAAACAUGGAUCGGUUGAUAAUGCUUUGGAGUUCUUGAAAACUUCAAGUUUUAAACAAAGCCCUGCGGUUUCAGCGUACCAGAACAUGUUUCAGAGCUUGCUUGAUGAAGGUAGAGAACUUGAGGCGAAAGAUUUGUUGUUUAAGUCGCCGCCUCAUGUUCGUAAACACAAAUCGAUUUCUAGUAUUUUUGGGUCUGUUCAAUGAUUUGGUGUAUGAAUUAUGUAGAAGUAGAAGUUGGUUGCAUAAUUUUGAAUUCAAAUAAUUUGUAUAUCUUCACAAAGUUAUGUUUAGACAUGAAUUAUGCAGUGCAUUAUUGAGGCAUAGUUGUGUUUA